GCACGAGCAUUUCAAUUGGCUUUCAGUGGAAAACCUCCAGCGACCACUGCACUCAAGAACACACCCCAGUUCGGCAAUGCUUGUUCUCGAUUACUUUAUAUAGUUACCGUUUGAAUCUAUGAAAGUAUAACAAUGGUGAAAAAACCUGCCAACGGUGAAGUUUACCACCCUCCGCCAGGGGAAAAAAAAUUGAAAGUCGGGUUUGUUGGAUUCGACCCUGGGGCUGCGGAGACGAGCCGAGACGGGGCAUUACUCAUUGCCGGUUCCGAGACCGCGAAACGUAGCAGCAUCCUGUGUAGACCGCGUGCCAGUGUAUCAGAUGGAAGAAGGGCCCAUAAAAAAAACGGAGGCUAUCGAAGACUACAAAAUUUUCUUUACAAUGCGCUGGAAAGACCCCGGGGCUGGGCGUUCGUUUACCAUUCAUAUGUCUUUCUGCUGGUGUUCUCCUGUCUUCUCCUCUCCGUGUUUGCUACUAUAAAAGAAUUCAAAAAAAGCUCAGAGAGUGCCUUGUACAUUCUGGAAAUAGUGACCAUUGUGGUGUUUGGUCUGGAAUAUAUAAUUCGACUAUGGUCUGCUGGCUGCUGCUGUCGAUACAGAGGAUGGAGAGGAAGGCUGAAAUUCGCUCGCAAGCCCUUCUGCAUUAUAGACAUAAUGGUCCUGUUCGCCUCUGUGUCAGUGCUGGCCGCUGGCUCACAGGGCAACGUGUUUGCCACAUCUGCCAUCCGCAGCUUGAGGUUCCUCCAGAUCCUCAGGAUGCUACGCAUGGACCGUCGAGCAGGCACAUGGAAACUGCUGGGAUCAGUGAUCUAUGCGCAUAGCAAGGAACUGAUCACUGCUUGGUACAUUGGUUUCCUCUGUCUCAUCCUGGCCUCUUUCCUGGUCUACUCAGUGGAGAAGGACGAUAAUGCUGAGAUGUUUGAGACCUAUGCCGAUGCCCUGUGGUGGGGGCUGAUCACUUUGACCACCAUCGGUUAUGGGGAUAAGUUUCCCAUCACAUGGUAUGGACGUCUGAUUGCUGCAACCUUUAGCAUGAUUGGUGUGGCUUUCUUUGCACUCCCAGCAGGUAUUCUGGGAUCAGGCUUUGCUCUGAAGGUCCAGGAGCAGCACAGACAGAAGCACUUUGAGAAGCGUCGGAACCCUGCUGCAAGCCUCAUUCAGACUGCAUGGAGAUAUUAUGCAACAAACCUCUCACGAACCGACCUGCUGUCAACUUGGGCAUUCUUUGAAGAAACUGUAUCAGUCCCAGUCUACAGGUUAAUUCCUCCACUCAAUCAGCUAGACCUCUUACGCAGUCUGAAGGGCAAAACUGGAUUCAGGAAGGACAUGCAGCCUGAAGCUUCUCCCAGUAGUGAGAUUUCACACAAAGACACCCUCUGUGGGUGUUGCCCAAGAAGCCAUAGCCGUAAGAUGAGCCUGAAAGAAAAAGUGUUCACCAGCCCCUCUAAGAGUGUAGGGGGGAAGGAGACUAAAUCACCUGGAACAGAAGACACAGUAGGGGAGAGUCCUAGCAAAGUGCCAAAGAGCUGGAGCUUCAACGAGCGAAAAAACUCCAAACACACAUUCAGGUUCAAAGAGGGUUCUCGCCAAAACACCGAAGUGCUGAUUGAAAUGCAGGAUGAAGACUUCGGAAUGAAGAGCUCUCCAGCAAUUGAGGGGUUGAUCAAGGCAAGUCUCCCUGAAGAAUUUGGAGAUGAUAAGCCUUAUGAGUUUCUGCAAGAGCUGUCUCCUGCUUUGAAGGCAACAAUAAGAGCGAUCUGCAUCAUGCAUUUUCUGGUGUCUAAGAGGAGGUUUAAAGAGAGCUUGAGACCUUAUGAUGUUAUGGAUGUGAUAGAGCAAUAUUCAGCAGGCCAUCUGGACAUGUUGUCCCGCAUCAAGAACCUGCAAUCCAGGAUAGAUUUGAUUUUGGGCCCCCCGCCCCCUUCGACCCCUCGCCAUAAGAAGGUGGACCAGAUAGUGGGGAAGGGAGCAUCAACAGGGGAUAAGGAACAAGCAGAUGAUACCUGCAUGUUGGGACGAUUGGUCAGGGUGGAGAAACAGGUUGGCGGGAUGGAUCGUAAGAUGGACUUCCUGGUGAACGUCUACACCACACGCUUGGGCAUCCCUCGCUCUGAAACCGAGGCCUUUCUGGGCUUCAAGAUUCCUGAACCGGCCCCACCUUACCAUAGUCCAGAGGACAAGAGUGAGAAAGCGCAAGAUGGCAAAGAAGAGAAUAAGAACGUGAGCAUGUCAGUGGUGGACCCCACCUCGGCUUGGACGCCUGUGGAAGGCCAGUGUCGCCCAUCCACCUCCUGGCAGGAGCAGCAAGGUGAGCAGCCUCUAGCCGUGCCACUGUGGAACAGCAGCCGGGGGGUGUCACCCGCAGGCACGGACGACCCCUCUCUCUACCGCCUCCCACCCCCACCGGCCCAUGACAGUGGGGAAAACGGACGGGCACGCCGGCCCAGGCGCCUGAGGCAUCAGCCAGGUAUCGAGAGCGACACAUCCCUCUCUAUUCCGUCAGUGGACCAUGAGGAGCUGGAUCGCUCAUUCAGUGGCUUCAGCAUCUCUCAGGCCCGGGAGGAGGACUACCUCCCACCCAUGAGCCUGGGCCUCUACAGGGGGGGGAGGGGCACCACGCACACCCUGGUCAGGCCGUACCUGGCCGAAGGGGAAUCGGACACGGACUCGGACCUUUAUACACCUGGCACACCUUCUCCUCUUUGUUUUACUGGGGAGGGUGUCUUUGGAGAUAGGAGCUGGUCAGGCCUCAAAUAGUCUGUAGAAAAUGCCUUCAAAUUUAUAGAUACACUACUAUAAACAUAUUUAUCAUACUCAGACAAAAGUCUGGCAUAAGAGUGGCUUCAGAAAAGCAAACAAACAAAAACCUACAGAGAAGCCUUCUAAUUCAGAACAUUUGCCUUCUUUGCACACCAAAAAAUUUCAAAGUGAAGUCUGUGUGUAUGCAGGUAUUGGCAUGAAUCUAUACACAUCAAAUCAAGUUGGUCACCUGUUUGUAUUACUUACUAUAGUUAUGGUACCAGCGCUUAUGCAAUAUUAAAAGCACUUUAUUUAAUGAUCUUACCUAAUGAUUGUACAUACAUAAUGCUCGCUACGUAAGACUUCUUUUGGUUGUAUGAAAUAUGUGAUGGAAACUCAAGUUUCCUCAACCAAAGAUAGCAAGAGAGCCCUUGAAAACUGAGGAUACUUCACUCAUGAUUCUUUUUUUCCAUUUGCAAUACAUUUUUAAAAAUGAACUUUGCAUAUUAUUUUUAUUGACAUGUUUGUUAGUUUCAUUUCACAUCAAUUCAGUGAUUUUUAUUAACAUCUGAGUCAUUAAACAUCCAUAGUCACUAAACUGGCAGAUUGAAUAUCAGAGCUUUUGUUGUAAAUUCCUCAAAAUGGGACUAAUCUUGCUGUGUUUAUUGUUGCUGAUGCUGUAGACACACUGAACCACUGAGAAAGAGUGAUCAUGCAGGCCGUUGCUUGCUAGAAAUGUAGCUUGUGUUAAACAGAAAAAGAAACCAAAAAAAAGCAUCAUUACUUGUUUAAUCCUAAUUGUUCUUCACUGUAAGAAGGCACAGGAAAUGUUAUGGGAUUGAGCUGAAUUUACAGUAGAGCAUGAUGGCAAAGGGUCAUGAAGUUUCACAGAAAUGGUAUCUUGCACCAAGAAAUCAUAGUCAAUGCUUUAAUAUAAAAAAGGUGGAAAUAUUCAGUCCCACUAUUCACACUAACUGCAUGGCAUGAUUAGAGGAAUUUGUUUUAAUUGAUAAUGGUAACAAUAGAUUAUGUGCCUAUAAAGAAGAAAAACAGUGAUAAAAACAUCUGUGCACUGAAAUAGAUUGUUUUCCUGUAGGCCAACAUUAAUGUUGAAGUAUACAGAGUAAUUACAUUAUGGUGAGACAAAUGUCUUUUUCACCAUUUAAAAACACAGCCCUGGAGCAUGUUGAAACAUUGUAAUCUGUAAGGAAAUAAAGUUGGUCCAAUCA